AUGAAUUCCAAAUUUGCUUUAUUCAAACAAAAAGAAGCCAAAAAAUCAAGAAAAAAACGACUCCACGGGCUGCUUGGACUAUGAAAGCCAAAAGACGAUGCAAAAAUUAUAUGCUCAAUUAUGAGCAAUACUAAGGAUAACGAAAGUGAUCUAAAUUUUGAUGACUCGCCUGAAUGAAUGACUGAUGUAAAAUUCAAAGACUACGAAGCUCCAAAAGAUAAAAUUAAUCCAUUUGCAUUAGAAAAGAACCAUAGGAUACAAGAAGCGACAAAAAUAACACAUGGGAAAUAUGUGGAGUUGAUAAAUCAAUACGGAAAUGGAAAUAUCACUUUAAAUCAGCUGAAAAGUAUUUAUGAGUCUAGAGAAAAACAAAAGAAUGGUAUUGGCUUUCGCGAUAUCAAAGCUUUGCUGUCACACACAAAAAAAAAUUGUUCUAAUUUCAAAACAAAAUUUUAUAGAAAACACUUUGAAAUUUACCAAGAUUUUAAUCCUGCCAGAUCUAUAACUCCUUCUAAAGAGGUUGAGCCAUCUUUAAAUACUUUUCUAACUGCAAGGCCUUUAGGAGUGCAAGGGAUAAAUCAGAAAUCACCUCCAAGAAGUAUUUAUUCAGCUGCAAAGUAUACAGAUUCUGGCCAUAAGCGAUGAAGUUCAGUAGGAAGAUGCGAUGAAUUAAAGUCAAACAAUGAAAAAAAUGAUAAUUUUGCCAAUAAAGAAUCAAAAACAAUUUUAGAAUUAAAGCAUGAAAGUAGACUUAGCGAAAAAAACAUGCAAAAUUUAGUCCAUGAACGUCUAUUUUUAGCUAAAAAGUCCCAAAAUUCCCGACCUAACACCCCUUCCAGAGAUAUGGGAAUUUCAAUCAAAGAUAAUUCAAAAUCCAGGAAAGGAUCAAGUCUUAAAUCAAGGCCAGCGACUGCAUCAAUUCUCCAAUGCCGAAGAACUGUCAGCUCAUUUGGCAGCUACGAUAACUGAAAUAAUAAUUAA